CUCCCGAUGCGGACGUUCAGCAUCAUCCUCCCCGCAGCAUCCCUCCUCCUCCACUCUAUUCCCUCGCUCGCCGCCUCCUUCGCCCCCGUCGCACUCACGCCGCCGCUCAAUUGGGUGGCAGAUUCCUAUCUCUUCCCCGCCAACAUCAUCGCAGGCUACAAUGCCAACUUGACCGAGUACAACGCCACCACCUGGGGCGCGCAUGUGCUCGCAGCUUGCGCCAGCUUCACUGCCUGCACCAGCGCGCUUGCUUUCCAAGGUAACAAUAAACUGUGAUGAUACGUGGAAAUUGAUGACGAGGCUGAUAGUAAUGAAGCAACCAACAGCGGGAGCACGGGCGGAAGAUU